GGCGAGUAAAUGAGGGAGCAAAGAAAGGGAAGGAAGCUUGCUUUGUAUUCUGCUGAAGGUUGUAGUCAGAAAUAGAACAUACAGCAAUCACUGUGGUUUGAGUGCUGUUUAGGAGAUAAUAUAUGCUCACUUUUACUAACUCGAUUGCUGUGUGAGAGAAAUGACAUCUGGCUGCUGGUUCUACACAUUCUUUAUUUUUGGAACAAAUUUUAUCCAUUGUACUUCAGAAAAUCAGGAUUCUGGACAUGAAGUCAUAUGCCCUCUGGGAUAUUUCCCUUGUGGCAAUAUAACAAAGUGUUUGCCUCAACUUCUUCACUGUAAUGGUGUGGAUGAUUGUGGGAACCAGGCUGAUGAAGACAACUGCGGAGACAACAAUGGAUGGUCUCAACAAUUUGAUAAGUAUUUUGCAAAAUACAACGAAAAGACUUCCUCACAUGCUUUUGAGGUAAAGACAUCGGAGUGCUUGGUUGAUUCUGUGCCAGCAGAAUGUCUGUGCCGAGGGCUAGAGCUUGACUGUGAGGGUGUCAAUUUACGCGCUAUCCCGUCAGUCUCUUCAAAUGUAACUCUGAUGUCCCUUAAACGGAAUCAGUUAAGAAAGCUUUCUGCUGACAGUUUCAAGAAGUACCAGGACCUUAAAAAUCUGUUUCUUCAGAAUAAUAAAAUCAGAGCUGUAUCGGAACAUGCUUUCAAAGGAUUAUACAACCUGACAAAACUGUAUCUGAGUCACAACAAGAUAACCCUUUUAAAGCCUGGCGUCUUUGAAGAUCUGCAUAAGCUUGAGUGGCUGAUAAUUGAAAAUAACAAGAUCAAUCAGAUCUCUCCACUAACAUUUCAUGGACUCAACUCACUUAUUCUCCUAGUGCUGAUGAAUAAUUCUCUUGCGCGUUUGCCUGAUAAACCUCUUUGCCAAUACAUGCCCAGGUUACAUUGGCUGGACUUUGAAGGCAAUCAUAUACAUAAUUUAAGAAAUGUCACUUUCAUCUCCUGCAGCACUCUAACUGUACUGGUGAUGAGAAGAAACAAAAUCAGCUCCUUAAAUGAAAACAGCUUUUCCUCUCUCCAGAAGUUAGAUGAACUAGACUUGGCUAGCAACAAGAUUGAAUCACUUCCUCCGUACCUAUUUAAGGAUCUGAAGGAGCUCUCACAGCUGAACCUUUCAUAUAACCCCAUCCAGAAAAUACAAGUAAACCAGUUUGAUUACCUACUAAAACUCAAAUCCCUCAGCCUGGAGGGCAUUGAAAUUACAAAUAUCCAAAGAAGGAUGUUCAAACCACUUAGAAAUCUCUCCCACAUAUAUUUUAAGAAAUUCCAGUAUUGUGGAUAUGCCCCCCAUGUGCGCAGCUGUAAGCCAAAUACCGAUGGGAUUUCAUCCUUUGAGAAUCUCUUAGCUAGCACUGUACAGAGAGUGUUUGUCUGGGUUGUUUCUGCUGUCACUUGCUUUGGAAAUAUCUUUGUUAUCUGCAUGCGGCCUUACAUUAGAUCUGAGAAUAAGCUCCAUGCCAUGUCAAUAAUGUCUCUCUGCUGUGCUGACUGUCUGAUGGGAAUAUAUUUAUUUGUGAUUGGAGCCUUUGACGUUAAAUAUCGUGGAGAAUACAACAAGCAUGCUCAGUUGUGGAUGGACAGUAUCCACUGCCAAUUGGUGGGCUCAUUGGCUAUUCUGUCCACAGAGGUGUCCGUUUUACUGUUGACUUACCUGACUUUGGAAAAAUAUAUAUGCAUAGUUUACCCUUUUAGGUGUUUGAAGCCAGGAAAAUGCAGGACAAUUUCCAUUUUGAUUCUCAUCUGGGUUAUUGGCUUUGUGGUUGCUUUUAUUCCACUGAGCCACAAGGAAUUUUUCAGAAACUACUAUGGCACCAAUGGGGUCUGUUUUCCUCUUCAUUCAGAACAGGCAGAAAGUGCAGGAGGCCAGAUUUAUUCUAUUAUUAUUUUUUUAGGUGUAAACUUGGCAGCUUUUAUCAUCAUUGUGUUUUCCUAUGGAAGUAUGUUUUACAGUGUUCACCAAACAGCCAUCACAGCAGCUGAAAUCCGGAAUCAUAUUAAAAAAGAGAUGACCCUUGCUAAACGGUUUUUCUUCAUUGUUUUCACUGAUGCAUUAUGCUGGAUUCCCAUCUUUAUUUUGAAAUUGCUUUCUUUACUUGAAGUAGAAAUACCAGGUACUAUAACUUCCUGGGUGGUGAUUUUUAUACUGCCCAUAAAUAGUGCUUUGAAUCCUCUCCUCUACACUCUGACCACACGACCGUUCAAAGAAAUGAUACAUCAGGUUUGGUACAAUUACAAACAAGAAAGAUCCAUAGGAAGCAAAAGCAGUCAGAAAACAUACGGCCCAUCAUUUAUCUGGGUAGAGAUGUGGCCAAUGCAAGAGAUCACACCAGAGUUAACAAACCCUGCUAUUUAUACAGACUCCUCUGAAACAUCAGUAUCCACGCAUUCCACAAGACUGAAUUCAUACAGAUAAAUGUUUUGAAUAGUCACAGUAAAAUUUGCACAGUCAUCUUUGAUGUGGACUCACUGUUUUAUAGCAGUAAGGAAAAAGCUGUAACAUGGAUUCGCAUCAGUGAUGGCCAAGAAGUCAAAUCAGAAGGAGACAACAGAGAGUGAACUUAACAGUAUAUACAUUUUUGAAGAGUCUUAGGAAGUAGUAGCCAUAGGAAAAAAAUAUUUAUGCGAAUAAAAUUCGACUAACACUCCAAUUUUUUUUUUUUUUCAUUUUGGGGCUGGGCAGAGAGUCAAAAUUUAAAACUGUCACUUUGUAUCUUUCUAAAUUCUAAAAUGUAAUUCAUAUGCAGUCUAUUGUUAGAUGACUAGAUUGCUAGCGAUAUCAAAGUUAACUGUGAAUGGCUAUGCAGCUUCCUAAACUUUAGUCAGUUGCAAUAUUUUUCUGAAGAGUUACUCAUAGGUCAGGCAUGGGGCACUGGACACCAAUUACAAUGAUUCAGAUUAAUGAAUGU